UAUUUUCCUUAAUCGCGCUUGGACCUACACAUCACUAACAAAACUGCAUUCGUGUCAUAUAUUAGAACGCAAAAAAACAGGCUGCCGUAUAUUUUUCUUAUAAGAGUACAUAUUACUUGAAGCAAUGGCUGAUGAACAACCUAAUCUAGUGGCUGGACACCCACCUGCUUUGAAGGCCGGUGGAAUGCGUAUUGUGCAGCACAAGGCACCAGCGUCCGAGCGUCCGGCCAAGGAUGCUGAAGACUGCACGGGUCUAACGCAACCAGUCAAUGUAAAUUCGGCUUCAGUGAGCGGUGCUCCAGUGAAGGGUAACACAGAUUUUACACCGGCAUCCGCGCAGGUGGCUCACUCGCAUAAGCCACCAGCCGCCGUUCAACAGAAGCCACAGCCACACAUACAGCAGCCCCGCAAAUGAGUUUGAAUUUUUGGUCGAGUCAGGAUCGGGUCACACUAAAGAUGACUUGUAACUGUUUUCGAUUGCUUUCAUAAGCGAGAUUAAUUUUAAAUAUGCCUUGUAUUUUGCUACUCCCAUAUAUUUUGAUACUUUUGUUUAACAUAGUUUAUCAUUCCAAAUGCAUUUGUCACCAAGUUCUUAAAUUAAAUAAAAGUUAAAAGGUUUUCAAAAAA